GAAGAAGAAGAAGAAGAAGAAGAAGAAGAUGGGCUGUGGUGGUUGCCAAACAUAAACACUGGCGGUGGCUGUCUGGCUGUCUGGUUGAGGCGGGGCGACAAACUAUAUUCCUUUUCAUUAUUAUUCCUCUAAACCCAAGGAGCUAAAGAUGACUCGGGACCGCCUGAAGGAGAUGCAGGAGAAGAGCCAGGCCAACGGUGUGUCCGAGUCUGUGGUGGUGAGUGUGGAGGGCAGCCAGGACCAGAAGGAGCUCAUGGACUUGCUGGAGAAACUUGGCCCUCUGUAUGACAAGCUGAAGGUAAUGUCAGCGCAGGUUGUGGAGGUGCGGAGAAUGAUCCAUGACCACGACCAACGGCAGGAACUGGAGGACAAGGUGGAUGCCAUCAAGGGGGAGGCCAGGAGACUCAGGGUGGAGCUGGAAGGAGUGAAGGCCACGAUAGGGAAGAGCAGUGGUGUUGUGGAGCAUGUGGCACGUACACACCACCUUUCCCUGGGGGUGUUGCUGACCCAGGUGUUGCAGGAGCUGUCGUCCAUGCAGGUGGAGGCGCAUAACAGACAUGCUCACUACAUCAGGAAGGAACUCAUUAUUACUGGACAGUGUGGGUACGAUGAGGAGGAGCUGGAGAGCCUGAUAGAGGAAUCCACAGAGGUCUUCACACAGAACCUAAUCCGACAGAACCAGCUCGCCAAACUACAGCUGAGCAACCUUCAGGAGCGACACGAGGCCUUUGUCAAGCUGGAGAAGUCUAUUCUGGAACUCCAUCAGCUAUUUCAGGAGAUUGCGCAGCUGGUGAGGGAUCAAGGGGAGAUGGUGACGAGGAUAGAGAACAAUAUAUACGUAUCCCAGACGAAGACGGAGAAGGGGAGGAUGGAGCUGCAGGAGGCCAGAGGGAACAUGCAGAAGGCGCUGAAGAAGAAGUUUAUCCUCGGCAUCAUUCUUGGGGUUGUCGUUCUCAUCAUCAUCCUCGCUAUUGUCUUCUCCUUGAUGGAGUGAGACGAAGCAAGAACCAUCAGCCUUGCCAGCUCCCACCAGCCCCCGACAGCCCUACCAGCCCCAUCACCCCAGCCCACCCCGUCCCUGAGAGGCCUCGUGACCCAUUAGUGCUCAUAGGUAGACUAGUAACAAGCGUAUAUAAGAGGAAGUACAGCUCUCCCUGGCAUCACAUUUCCAGCCAACGCCAGACCUUCAAGAUGCGCACUGUUCUUCUCGCCCUCCUCGUGGUUCUCGUCGCCUUCAGCCCUCUUGUGGUGAUGGCCGAGGAUAUGGACACUCCUUGCCUAGAUUGUUACAAGGGGUAUCGUGGUGGCCUGCAGGGGCUACAAAUGGUGCGUGAAAGAAGGGACGCCAAAUCGAAUGAAACCACGGACGAGACAACAGAGACAAAUGAGAUCGAUGGAUGAACAAAGACGAGGAACAGGAAGAACAAGAAGGUUAAUAUGAUGAUGGAGAAAACCGUACAUUUUUUUUUUUUUUUAAUCUCAACGCAUGAAGGGAAAUGGUUAAUAGAAGAAGAGAGUGAUGUUAAUGGAAUCUCACUCUUGAUUUGUGUUUUGCUUUUCUCUUUGUGUUUCUUAGAAUUAUUGUUUGACUCUGCCCUUGUUUCACGUUGUAGAAGUAAAAAUAUGAAGCUUU